AUGCGAAGACUGAAAGACAACAUCAGAAGUUCCACUCUGUCAGCAUAUUCGAAACUCCUAAUCUGGAGUACCUUCACGACAGCGUUCUUUGCUGCUCUGCGAGUGAGCGAGUUCACGUCACAAUCGACCCGUCAUUACGACGACAGAAGAACGCUGUUGACCAGCGGCGUCACCAUUGGCAGUGAGUCAGCGGUCAUCAGCAUUCGGCGAUCCAAAACCGAUCAAUUCGGCCACGGGUACAGGAUCACGCUGGUAUCCACUAACAGGUCAGUCUGCCCUGUCACAGCAAUCCGGAAUUAUGCAGCCGUCAAAAUUCCCACGCAGCAGCCCCACCCAUUUUUCUUGCAAGAGGACGGACAGUUUGUCACGCGAACGCAAGUUGACCGGUGGCUUCAGAUCUUCCUCAACGGCACACCCGGAAGGGAACGCUAUAGCACCCAUAGCUUCCGUAUCGGGGCGGCUUCCACCGCAACAUCAAAUGGAACUCCGGACUCCGCUAUUAAAACCAUUGGUCGCUGGAAGUCUUCCUGCUUCACAAGAUACGUCCGCACGGCAGUUCCGACACCCGGCCUCGACGCCUACGGAACGAGCAGUGGUUUGGGGUAG